AGGAGAGAGAGCGAGUGGCCAUGGCAGACUCCGAGGCUCUGUGUGAGGCGCUGAAGGCCAUCAGUGUGAGUACGGAGGUGAUUGAGGAGGAGCUGAGACCUCAUCUGGAAAUCCUGCUGAGCAGCCUGCUGGAGAAGAAGAAGGAUGCUGCGGUGGACAUCGCUAAGAGUGGGAUCCUGCCCACGCUGGCCCAGGCCCUGAGGAACAACAACCAGCUCAGCCAACAGGUGGCGCUGGUGGUGGCGGAGGUGGCCCGGGAAGCCAGUGUCAGGGAGCAGUGUAUCCAGGCCGGCCUGGUGGGGGCGCUGGUUCCCCACCUGCAGAGUAAGGAGCAGGAGAUGCUGCUGAACACCGGGAGGGCCAUCGGCAGGAUCUGCUUCGACAAUGCCGCCCAGCAGGAGCACCUGGUCCAGACCGGGGUGAUCCCCCUCCUGGUGUCCAUCAUGCAGCAGUACCCCGAGAACGACCCGCUGGUCAACGUGUGUCUGCUGGCCCUCUGCAACCUGGCCGACAUGGACUCGGCCCGUGAGGCGCUGGUUGAGCUCCAGGUGGCGGGGGUCCUGAUCCUUCAGCUCCGCCGGGCCCCCGACGCCGAGCGGAGCCACAUCAUCCUGGAGGUGCUGAGCUCGCUGGGGGAGAGCGACCUCCUGAAGCUCCAGUUCGCUGAGUCGGGGGUCCCCGAGGCGCUGUCUGAGAUGGUCCGCGGGCUGCAGGGCUCCACCGACCCCCACAACCUCUGCAGCGUCAAGAUCGCCUCCAACCUCAUGGUGUCCCUUCUGCUAGGAGAUGAGUCCAUGCAGCAGUGCUUUGGCGAGGGGACGGGGAUGGUGUACCAGGACGUCCUGUCCUGGCUGCAGUCCUCAAACACCCAGCUGCAGCUGUCCGGGGCGCUGGCCAUCGCCAACUUCGCCCGCAACGACAGUAACUGUGUGAAGAUGCUGGAGCGAGGGGUGGUCCCCCACAUCCUCAACCUGCUGGAGCAACACGUGGACGAGGGGGACGUGUCUGUUCAGCAUGCCGGACUGAGCGCGCUCAGAAACCUGGCCAUACCAGCCUCCAACAAGGUGCGGAUGCUGGAGGACGGCGUGACGGAGAGGAUCAAGACCCUGCUGCGCUCCGACAUGCCCCCCGUCCAGUUCAAGCUGCUGGGGACCCUCCGCAUGAUGGUGGACGGACAGGAGGGCGCGGCCACGGCGCUGGGUAAGGACCAGGCUCUGCUGCAGCGCAUCAUGGAGUGGUGCGACGCCCGCGACCACGCAGGGGUCCGGGGCGAGGCCAACCGCCUGCUGGCCGCGCUGCUGAGAUACAGCCGCAACGCGGAAGUGGUGCGGGCAGUAUCCAAGGCAGACGGGGUGAAGCAUCUGAUCACCAUGGCGACCAGCGAGCACGUUAUCAUGCAGAACGAGGCCCUCGUUGCCUUGGCGAUAGCGGCUGCCAUUGACAAAGAGUCCAUGCAUGACACCCUGCGGGAGGCCCAGCUGCUGCCCACCCUGCAGAAGAUGCUGGACGACCCCCAGGGGGUGGUGGAGGUCAAGUUCAGCGCUCUGGGCCUCAUCUGCAGCCUGGCCCAGUCAAGUGACAUGAAGGAAGCCAUGCUGUCCAGCAACAUGAAGGACAGCCUGAGGCCGCUCACGGAGCACGCAAGCGCUAAGCUAGCAUCGCAGGCUCAGGCCCUACUGAGCAUGCUUGAGGAGUAGCGUGUGACCACGCCGGCAGCCACUCAGAGACGCUUGGUGAAGGACUGAACGGCGGACUAAGUCCCUCCCCCUUAGUUAGGUUCAGUCGUUCCACUCUGCCGGCUGAUGCUGCUGAAACAGACUUCACAUCACAUGACCACAUGACCCCUUUCCCUGAGAGAAGCUGAUUGGUUAAAAAAAAGUGUCAAACAAAGUUCACCAUAUACGAUAGUCCAUAGUAUUUAGAAACAUGCUAUGAUGACCCACGCGCACUAUAACGUCUGACUGCCAUGUACGGAGCCAUCGAUAUAAAGAUCCACCUGCACAUGCCCUGUCCAGCUCUCAGCAUCCCGUCGCCAUGGUAACCCCAUGGUAACCCCAUUGGGGCGGUCCUGCCAUCGAGCACUAAACUAGGCACAAGGUUACGAUCUUCAUCCUCGUAAUUUUAAAGUCAGGCUG